AGCAAACAUGGCUGCUACUGCAAUAAGCUUUAGGUGGCUGGAUAUAUUAGAAAAAGAAUUUGAUGAAGCAUUUGUAGACUUGGACAUUCUAAUAGGUGAUCUGGAUUCUGGAGAAGCAGAUAUGGUUUAUACAGCACACCAGAAGAUGGCAACGUUGAGUUCCUGUUUUGCCCAGCUCACACACAAGGCUCAAACAGUUUUCCAAAACAGUGCCAAGGUUGAGGCAGAGUUGGUGUACCUCCGAGCAGAGCUGAUUGAUGCUAAGGCACAGCGUUCUGUACUGGACCAAGAGCUACACACUCUGUUGUUACAGCUGCAUGCCUGCCAACUGCAGCACCUGCCUGGUGUACACACGGAACCAGAUGCUGAACGAAUCCGCAGAAGAUUAGAGGAAGAGUUGCAGCAAUCUCCAACGCAUCAGCACAGAUUGAAGGAAGAUGGAAUGCAAAUGAGCCUCUUGGAACUGGCAUCUCUCCACAGUGAACUCUCUCAACUGCGAAGUGAAAACACAGCUUUGCGUAACACAUUGCUUGCCUUGCAGAGCGAAGUGUAUGGUGCCAAGCUUACAGCAAAAUACCUGGACAAAGAACUGGCUGGCAGAAUACAACAGUUGCAGUUACUUGGGCGAGAAAUGCGAGGUGAAAUUAGGGACAAGCUAUGGCGACAGCUAGAAUCAGAAAUCUUAUUGCAUCGCCACAAAGCUGUGAUAAGAGCUUGUCGUAGCAAAGGAAAUGGCACAGGUGGUGAUAAUACAAUACGUGCAUCAGAACCUCCAUUAAAUGAUAACAGAAGUCAGCAGGGUAUUGAUGAACCUAGAUUCGUCACCGUCCAGCGAGAAACGGGAGAAGGUCUGGGAAUUUCCAUUACUGGAGGCCGUGAACAUGGUGUGCCUAUUUUGAUCUCAGAAUUGGAGCCCGAAGGAGCAGCAGCAAAAUGUGGUGCGCUGUAUGUUGGAGAUGCGAUACUUUCUGCAAAUGGCAAGGACUUGAAGCAGGCCUCUCAUCAAGAAGCUGUGGAUAUCUUGCAGUCGCAGUUGGGUGACAUGUGCUUGGAAGUGCAGUACAUUGCAGCAGAGGACAGCGAUGAGGAGAAUUCACUUGGAGAAGACAUGUAUGGCUUUAGAUACCGGUUCUUUGAUGAUGAGGUGCUGGAUGGAAACACCAUGGUCAACUUACACCCGUUACAGAAUGGUUACAGCAACAGCCAACAAAAUGGUAACAACCGUGCCUUACUGUCCACUCCAACUGCUCCCCGAACUCCAGAAUCACCCAACAGGAUUGCAUCUGAUUGCAGUUCACCCAGUAGUCCCACAUCUACAACAGCAACAAACAAGCCUGCAGAUUGUCACAGCUCAUCUCUUGGUGCUGCAUCUGUUCAACACUCCACCAAUUGCACUAACCCACUCAGCUGUCACUCUGAUGUUAAUUGCUCCAACAUCAACACAGAUUUGUCUCCAUACUCCCCAAUGCAGAUUUCUACAGAUGGCAGCCACAUGGGAAGAUCCUCCAAUAGUGAAGAGUCUUUAGGGAAGAGCCCAGUGAAGGAGUCGAGUAGUUACUGUGAAACAGAUCAGAAAAGCAUAUCUGUUCCAUCAACACCAAAUAACAAUAGCACUGGUAAUAGGGAUCUAGCCUUUAAUGGGAACAAUUUUGAAAGUGAUAUCAAUGCACAUAUUGGUAUUUCAACUUUACAGCAGGUUUUUGGCAAAUCAAAUUCUGCCUCUUCCAUAUCUCUUGAACACAGAAGUUUAGAAGUAGUGGACGAUGUCAAAUUUAAACAAGACAGUGGUGAGACUGUAGGUACAAGUGAUAAAUCUCCAGUAAAGUCAUCUGAAGGUGCUGUGGCUCUUAAAACUAUGAAUAACGGCAGUGAAGUAAUGAAAGGUCAAAAAGGUAAGAGUUCUGAUUUUGCAAGUAAGUCUCCAACAAAAUCUCUCAAGCAAGAAUACAAGAACAGAGAAUUGGUUAUGUCAGAACUUGUGUCCGUUGAUUCCUCAUCAGCUGCUGGUGAUGGGUCUUCACAGCCAUCACCUAAUUGCCACAAAGUCGGAAGGAAAGGUGUUAACACAACAUCCAAUUAUGUACUGAAAUUGUCUGAUAAAGGUCGCCGAAGUGGCAAAGCACACAGGAUGGUUCAAAAUGUUAAUGAGGGUAGUAGUACAAGUAGUAGUUUUGAUGAAGAACAGAUGGUAGCACAUCGCAAGGUGAGCAGUUCAAAACUACGAGAUGGAAGCUUAAGAAAUGUCGCUGAGGCUUCUGUUCUAGCUGUUGGAAAUAGUCCUACUCAUUCCAGUACUGAACACAGGAAAAUUGCAGAUAGAGUUGUUGUGGACAGUUUUGGAGACCCAGAUUUUGGUACCCCAGUAUAACUGAGCUUCUAAAUCGUGUUGACAGAGUUAGCAUGUCACAUGGUAUCAGUUACGUCCUACAAAUGCAUGUGACAUGGAUUCUGUAGGUACCAGCGCUGGGUUCAAGCACUUUGGUUUGACCAUUAUAAUGCUUACGCUUUGUUGCAGUUUGCACAUAAGAGUGUAUAAGCGCUCAAAUGCCAUUCUUCUGAUUGAAGGAGGAAAGAAGCACAAAUAUUUGCUUUUUCAUGCCCAGACACAGCACACUAGUGUCAUACUGUCUUACUGCCUAGCCGUAAACCUGCGUUUCAACCUUCAGGACUACAAGUGUCAGUGUGGGCUGGGUGCGUAGCUGAUUACGCCAUAUAUGUAAAACAGCAUGGAGCGAAAUUUUUUUUAUUUACAAACUUUUUUUAUUGAAAAGUAAUGUUAGUGCACAAAAGUAAAAAUAUGACCUUGCAUGUGUGGAACUGACUUCAGUAUCUGCAGUCUUAACAUAGAAAGUGCUCUUACUGAGGUUUUUGUGGUUUUCCUCAGUCCCUUUAGACAAAUUGCAGUAUAGUACUUCAAAUUAGUCAGUGUCUGCUUUCUUCCACAUUCUUUCCACUUCAUUAUCCAGUUAACCAAUCAACCAACCAUCACUAUAUAAUCUAAGCUGCAGGCACCAUCAUAAAUAAAUCAGUACCCAGACAGCAGAAGGAAAUAUUCAGCUGAGCAGGUUCAUGUAGCAGUAAUGCUGUAGACUUGUAUUCAUAAUCUGCUCUGGUAAAAUUCCAGCCAGGACACCAGUUAUUGUGGCAGGUUUCUCUUGAUUUUGCUGAGUCCCUCCAGGCAGAUCAGACCAUGAUCAGCAAUAACAUGUACAGCAGCUUCAGUUACCUCACGCUAAUUUAGCCAAUAAAAUUGGUUAGAUUUUUUGGCUGAAACAUUCUUCUGACAUAACCGCAGAAAUGCAGUGAAGCCAAAUGGCUUGUCCUCUGCAUCAACAAGGUUCUUACUUGUUCCUUGCAGUUGUAUAUUUAACAUAUUCAGUUUCUCAAAGAUAUCUGUCAAAUAACUCACAAAUGCUUGACCAUCAGCUGUUUGUAGGAGUUUCAUUUCAGGUUUGUCAUUCAAAAACUCGCUAAGAAUAUCAAGUAGUUCCAUGAAUCUUCUCAGGCAGUUCCCUAUGACAGCCAUCUGACCUCAGUGUGAAGCAACAGUCAUAUGUUCAGCGUUUGUAUCCUCACAGAAUUGUUUGAAGAGACUCGCAUUUGGCAUUAGCUUUGAUAGUGUUGAUAUAGUUUAUAACUGAAUUCAAUAUCUAAUUUAGAACAGGUGAAAGUUUUUUGGAAACUAAAUUUUCUCUGUGAAUAACACAAUGCACAAGCCACAACAGGAGCACUCUCUGUAGCACAAGAGGUAUUAUUUUUCAUUGAUAUUUGAGUUUCAUCUAAAUAAUUUUUGUGUUUAUUAUAUAUAUCAGUAGCAGUAGUGGUGGUUUGCAAUGCUUCACAGAGCAACAUAAAUUCACCAUUGUCAAUAUAUAUGACAUAGGCCACCAAAACAGCCUCACUGUUCCCUACAGUUGAUUCAUCCAUGUGUAUUGAGAAUUUUCUUGAUCUCAACUGCUCAACUGAAUUCAGUAUGCAACAGAACAAGAUCUUGAGUGCUCUCUAUUGGGAAGCAAGAAGCAAAAUGGGUUAAAUGAUCCCAAAUUCAGCCAUUGGAAACCAACCAACUUUUCAACAAGUUGUGUUUCCACAUCUUUAGCCACCUCAUAUAUUAUUUUGCUAACAGUGUUUUUGCUCAGUGGCAUUCCUUUGACAUCUUAGUCAUCUUUCUUCAGAAUUGUUUUGAGAAAAGUUGCUGGCUUGAUUAAAUCCUCCCCAGUAGUAAGAUUUUUUUGUCUCGUUUUAUCCAUGAGCAGAGAAAUUUCAUGACUAGCUGCAAGAGUACAAUUUUGGGUAGCAGUUCAUACAGAGAACAAUGAUUCUAUUGUUAAUCUUUUCUCAGACUUCUCCUUUAGAGACUUAAAUUGGUUCAAAUCAUAGUUUAUAUAAGCACCAUGUUUUGCCUUCAAAUGUGCUUGGAGAUGACCUUUUCUCAUUGUAUUCAUUGGUCAAGCAGUGUUGGCACAGUAGACAGAAUGCUGACCAUUCAUCCUGAGGAUCAGAUAUGAAACAAAACUUCAGAUACUCAUGUGAAUAUUGAUGAACAUUUUUCUUGCUUGCACUAUUCAUUUUAUGCAUGGGGUUAGCAGCAACUGAAAGGAAAAUAGGUUUAUAAAGUAUACUGUAUGCAUGUGUGGAUUAUACAAGGAAAUUAAUGGUGUUUAACAUGUAUUUAUGCUACUACAAACACAUAUGUGGUAUAAUAAAUAAAUGGCAUUUUUAUUUAAUGCUGAUACUGUGUUGUUAGUAGGUAACCAUCUCUUAUUUAGGUAAAAAUGAUGUUUCACUAACAGUUGAUAAAUGUAACCAUCUUACCAGAUGAGAAGCUGGGUAAGAUGGGUUGUUACUAUGUCUCUUUAUCUUAAAGCCAUCCUUGUUUAUGGAUGUACUGUUAUACUUUUGGCAUUUAUAGGUUACAUUGGGUUUGAUGUUUAAAUAUUAUUAUUGGAGGAAUGAAAAUAUACUGCAAACAAAUUUUAAAAGUCUACUGUCACAAGCAGAGAGAAAGAAACAACGAAAUAUGAGAAAUUAUGUUUAUGUUUUCAGCUGUUAAAUGAACCUAAUACAGUUGUGGCAAAGUGUUCAUUUUAUUUAAAUUGGUGGUAGUGUGACUUUUGGGUAACCAGAAAACUAACAACAUGUAAAAAUGUUACAUAUAAAAAUGCCUGCUAGCAUAAAAACAUUGACAAUACAUAAGAAAAUUAAACAAACUUAACUCUUUUCUACAACAAAAACUGCACAAAGUUAAAUUGGAAAUGUUUACUUUUCAGAAGUGACAGAUGCUAUGGUCUAACUUUCACAUACUUAUGCUCCCAAGUAUUUAUGUUGACUGCUGUACUAGUGUUGCCAACUCUUUUUCCUCGGAAAGUCAGGGUUGCAACAUCGAUAAUUUAUUGCUGACAGUGGUGAUUUUUUUUACUAUAUCGGUGAUGAGGUGAUGAAUGCAACAUCAUUUGCUCAUUGCCCCACUCUGGGAAGCACUGCUACUCGUAUAUAGUCUGAGAUACUGACAGCGUGAUAAACUAAACCCACAAGGAAAAAAAAUAAGUACAUCAUAUGUAAGUGAAAUAAUACCCAUGUUACAUUUAUCUGUUCUUAUUUAUGUAUUUAAAUUAUAUCCAAGUAGCUUAAUAAUAUUAGUCAGAUGGAUAUUUUAUAGAAUGUAAUGAAAACACAGUAAAUGCUACAAAAGUUAUUUGACAGUGAUGUGACAUAACUUGUAAAGCUAUUGUUUUAGACUUCGCCUGUCAUCCUAAAUCUUAAUAUAGAAACCACAGUGUUUUGGAAAUGGGUUGAAUUUGCAUCUUCUGGUGUAGAAGGCAUGAAGAGAUUCCUAUUCUAUUGGGUACCUAGGCAGAAUUACUCUUAUGCACUAGGUUGAACUGCUGUGUCAGUAUUCUUAUCAUGAUUGCCUUCCUGGAAUGUCAUGACAUCCAGUUGUUAUAACAUGCCUCUUAUCAAUGGUUCCUUCAGUUGGUAUGCAUUACUGUUGGGCAGUGCAUACCAAGAAAAUUGUCAGAAGUGUGUCAGAUCUGCUGAUGCUAUUUAUAGUUCAAACUUGAUACUAAAACCAAGCAUGAAACUACCAUUUUUUUUUUCCUGUAGAAAGAGACCUGUGCUUCUAACUCUUUCAGGUGAUCUCCUCUCGAAUUAACUCUGACAUUAAGUAACCGGGUUCCAGUCCAAUUUGAGACCGAAUCUAUGGAAUUUAAAAUCCAGGCAAAUGAAACUGGAAUUGUACUAAAGGGAUGCUGUAUAAUAAGUAAAGAAAGCACCAGAAAUGGGCUCACUCUAUUAGAAUUAGAUUGACAUGAUAAAAUUACUGUUCAGUCCAGUAUGAGACUGGGUCUACCAAAUUUGAAACUGAAACAGACCAAAUGAAAACUGACCAGGUGGGAUAUAAUUUGCUAAAAUAAAUUAACCUAAAGGAAAGAAACAGAUAAACAUUCACAUGAAGUAUCAACUAAACCUCUUAGCACUGCAUUCAGAAACUAAUAGUGUGAUGUAUUUCCAGUUCUGUUCAUUUAAUUAGUGGGUUUAACUUUCCAAGAGGGAGAACUGGAGACAGCAGAGUGUAAGAGUUGAUGAUACUUCAUUAUGGUGACUCACUCCUGUUUAACUCAUCAUUUUAUCGCCUUUAUACAAGCAAUAUGAGGCUUAUGCACAUGCUGCUUUCAAGGAAGGUAUCAACCUAUUAAGUUUUGAAUUUGUAAAAAAUAAAUCAGACUUAUUGUUACCUGAUCAGAAAUUUAAAGUGAAUUACGUACUGUGAAAAGG